ACGUGAAGAAGUAUAUUUGGAUCACACUGUGUUGUGAAUCGGAUCUAUUCGUCGUCUCUGAGGUCACUACGAAGCUGAUAGCAGCGUCAACAUGGCUCAAAGCGAGCAGCACUCACGGCUGGCUGUUCUCGGGACGGUCGUCUUCUACAUGGUCGUCGCUAUCAGCAUGACGCUGUUAAACAAGAACGUCCUUAGCUCUACACCUCUCCCUGUUUUCCUCCUCUUCUGCCAGAGCGCAAUGGCCGUGUUCUUAUUGGCUUUAGAGAACCGACUUGGACCAAUCAAAACGCCGGCGACAUUCGAGAUGCCAAUAGCCAAGGAGCUAGCCCCGCUAGUCGGUAUCAACGUCCUCGGACUGAUCUUCAACAACUACUGCCUGCAAUAUGUCGAUGCGUCAUUCCAUCAAGUCGCAAGAGGACUCGUCCUGCCAUGCACCAUACUCAUCACGAUAUUCGUGCUCAAACAAUACCCAUCUCGUUUGAGCUUGAUAGCCGCGCUCAUAGUCACAUCUGGCUUCUUCUCCGGCGUCCUAUUCGACCCGAAUCACGCUUCCUCCAAGGCUUCAGCAGCAGUCGCAAAGCCCCACUCGUCCGUGUUGGGCAUACUUUUCGGUGCUUCGUCAAGUAUCGCUUCGGCAUGUCAUGCCAUCUUAAUCAAGAAGAGUUUGACGGCCGUACAAGGUUCCGCCAUUGCCCUGUCAUACUAUAAUAAUAUCUUAUCCACACUGGCAUUGAUCCCGCUGGUCAUCAUCUGUGGAGAAGGACCAGGUGCUUUGCGCCUUCUAUCAGGAGAACACGACGCCAAGACGUUCUUCUGGGGAGCAGGUAUCACGGGCGUUUUCGGAUUUCUGAUCUCACUUGCAUCGUUCAUAUCCAUCAAAGUGACUUCUCCAGUAACUCACAUGAUCUCCUCGGCCGCACGAGGUGUCCUACAAACCAUGCUCGCAGUCUAUUUCUUUGGAGACAUCAUCUCUUCUGGUAGAAUGGUUUCCAUCGCACUCAUCAUCACCGGAUCAGUCCUUUACGUCUAUUCUAAAUCUCUACCUGAAUCCGAUUCGAAAGCUCCGUAUUCCCCGCUCGACUCCAAAUCAGUCAAUGGCACUCCGACACUCUUCGACGCUGAAGAGGGCAAGUCUACUAAAGACCACAAUCACUCAAGCUGAGCGAAGUCCUCGAUUCACUACGCCAAAGUCAAGCUCGUAUGUGAUGCAAACAUAUGCUAUAUAGUGUACCAAUUGAGACCCAAUACACAAAUACAACGCUCAGAGUGGGAUGAACAACCGAGUUUUGAA